AUGUGCAGCUCUUGGGUUGUAUUAGCCUUUUGCUGCUUGGGACAGCUGCGUGCAGAUCAAAGCCUGAAGCCUCAGAUUGCAGCCCCUCAGCUUGCUACAAACAAUCCCACUCUUACUACAGUUGCUCUAGAAAAACCUUUCUGUAUGUUUGACAGCUCACUGCAUCCAAAUAAAUCUUACGUAAUCUACUUGUAUGCAAUGAAGGAAACAGCAAGUGCAAUAAGCUCCCUGGUGACCGACAACAGCGGCAAACCACUCGACAGCACCUUCCAUCAAACAAGUGGCGGGCAGCUUGGACCUUACAAAGCUGCCUUGUUUGAUGUACCCAAUUGUGCAUCACCUCCCAAACUUGCUGAUGUAGGAGAUGUCAACAAAGUUUCUGAUGUCCUGAAACAAUACCUCUUCAGAGUCGGGGAUGAUGGGACCUGUUUGUAUGACCCAAACUUCCUAGCUGUCUGUAACCCACCUCUUGCACCAGAUACAACAUACAGGUUUAAAUAUGUGUUGCUAGAUAGCACUGAAGGUAUCAUGAAAGCCCAAACUCUCUGGUCUGAUCCAAUCAAAACCAGAAGAGGGGAUCAAAAGAUUCUUCUGCAGAGACAAGGUGCAUGUCUCAGACUAUCCAACAAAGUGAACCGAGACCGCAGUUAA